AUGUAAAGUUGUGAGAAUAUAAUUGGUGAUGAAGGUGCAUCAGGCUUAGGUUCAGGUUUAGCAAAGUGCAUUAAUCUCUCGAAUUUAACACUUAACCUUGGUUCAAAUUAAAUUGGUGCAGUGGGUGCAUCAGGCUUAAGUUCUGGUUUAGCAAAGUGCAUUAAUCUCUCGAAUUUGAGACUAUAACUUAGGUUUAAUAAAGUUGGUGAUGAAGGUGCAUCAGGCUUAGGUUCUGGUUUAGCAAAGUGCAUUAAUCUCUCAAAUUUGACACUAUUACUUAGUAGAAAUUAAAUUGGUGAUGAAGGUGCAUCAGGCUUAGGUUCUAGUUUAGCAAAGUGCAUUAAUCUCUCGAAUUUGACACUUAACCUUGAUGAGAAUAUAAUUGGUGCAGUGGGUGCAUCAGGCUUAGGUUCUGGUUUAGCAAAGUGCAUUAAUCUCUCGAAUUUAAGACUAUAACUUUAUAGAAAUUAAAUUGGUGAUGAAGGUGCAUCAAGCUUAGGUUCUAGUUUAGCAAAGUGCAUUAAUCUCUCGAAUUUGACACUUAAACUUGAUUUAAAUUAAAUUGGUGCAGUGGGUGCAUCAGGCUUAGGUUCUGGUUUAGCAAAGUGCAUUAAUCUCUCGAAUUUGACACUUAACCUUGAGUUUAAUGAAGUUGGUGAUGAAGGUGCAUCAGGCUUAGGUUCUAGUUUAGCAAAGUGCAUUAAUCUCUCGAAUUUGACACUAUAACUUUAUUCAAAUUAAAUUGGUGCAGUGGGUGCAUCAGGCUUAGGUUCUGGUUUAGCAAAGUGCAUUAAUCUCUCGAAUUUAACACUUAACCUUGGGUUAAAUAAAGUUGGUGAUGAAGGUGCAUCAGGCUUAGGUUCUGGUUUAGCAAAGUGCAUUAAUCUCUCGAAUUUAACACUAGAACUUUAUGAGAAUAUAAUUGGUGCAGUGGGUGCAUUAAGCUUAGGUUCUGGUUUAGCAAAGUGCAUUAAUCUCUCAAAUUUGACACUAGAUCUUGAUGAGAGUUUAAUUGGUGCAGUGGGUGCAUCAGGCUUAGGCUCUGGUUUAGCAAGGUGCAUUAAUCUCACAAAUUUGACACUAUUACUUAAUUCAAAUUAAAUUGGUGAUGAAGGUGCAUCAGGCUUAGGUUCUGGUUUAGCAAAGUGCAUUAAUCUCUCAAAUUUGACACUACAACUUAGUUCAAAUUAAAUUGGUGAUGAAGGUGCAUCAGGCUUAGGUUCUGGUUUAGCAAAGUGCAUUAAUCUCUCGAAUUUGACACUUUACCUAGGUUCAAAUUAUUUUGGUGCAGUGGGUGUAUCAGGCUUAGGUUCUGGUUUAGCAAAGUGCAUUAAUCUCUCGAAUUUGACACUUUGCCUUCUGUAAAAACAGUUUAUUUGUUUUGGAUUGUGA